AUGACAACCCCAACGCCGCAGUCCAUCCUCAUCAUCGGCGCGGGCGAUCUCGGCACCGCGGGGCUCGAGGGCCUGGUGCAGCACCCAUCGUACUCCUCCGCAGCCCAAAACCCCAAAAUCGCCAUCCUGCUCCGCCCCGCCACCAUCAACACCGCCGACGCCGCCAAGCAGCGCCAAAACGCGCAUCUGCGAACCCUCGGCGCGGUCCUCCAGCCAGGCGACGUGGUCGCCGAGUCCGAGGCCGAUCGGGCAGCGCUGUUUGGGAGGUUCGAGGUGGUGAUCGGGUGUUCCGACAUGGGCCUACCGGCGGGCACGCAGGUGCGCAUCACGCGCGCCGUGCUGCUGGCGGCGGCCGGGGUGGGAGGGAAGAGGUUAACGAGGUACUUUCCUUGGCAGUGGGGGCUGGAUUAUGAUGUCGUGGGUGAGGGGAGCGCGCAGGAUUUGUUUGAUGAACAGCUUGCCGUUCGGGGGCUGCUGCAGAACCAACACCGGAAGCAAAAGGGGGAGAAGGAGGGGGAGAGGGAAACGGAGUGGACUGGGUCAUCGUCAGCACGGGGCUCUUCAUGA